AUGUGGUCAGCCUGCGUCUCUCCGGAAGCCAGACGGUCAAAGCAACGCCGGGAGGCAGGCUAUUUUAGGUCCAGCGGUAGUGGGGGUAGCGAGGGCUCCGCGAAUACUGCCGGCGCCGGGACGGAAGUCCUUCCACCACUUCGGAAGCCGUAUGUCUUGGAGUUGUUUUGCGGCACGGCAGGUGUGUCUGCGGCUAUGCAGAAGCGGGGCUGUGACGUGUUGGGCAUGGAUCACAAGCUGAAGCCUAGGUGCAUGAAGGCAUCGGCUGUGCGCGUAGACUUGCGGGAUCCAGUGCAACAAGACAUGGUCAUGCGUGAGGUGGCCCGAGCAGAGGCGGUCUGGGUCGCAAAGGCCCAGUCCCGCUUCGGUCUGAAACACACCCGUGUGGGCUUCCGGACAUCAGUGGAAUUGAUAAGGAACGCGUCCCAGGCUGCUAACGAUCUUUAUGCAUUCGCUGCAAGGGUUUUCGAGUUUUGCGCAGCCAACCGAAAGGUCUGUGUGAUCGAGAAUCCAACCGGCAGCCUGAUGUGGCUCACGCCGUGGAUGCAGAGAAUCUCAAACUUGGGCAUCUUCCAUCGGACCCAGAACUGCAUGUACGGGGGUGCGAGGGACAAACGCACGGCCUUGUUCAGCACUCAUGAGCUGCCAUCCAUGCAUCUGUUGUGCGAUCAGUCGCAUAGGCAUGCCCCGUGGGGCAAGGUUCGUGUAAACGGCCGGUGGCAGUUUUCGACCUCGUCAGAGGCGGAGUACCCGGCCCCUUUCUGUGCUGCCGUUGCAGCGGACGUGUGCGCCAUCUUAGUCCAAGGUGGCUGGGGUAUGGAAAGCAAGCCCAUAUCUCAUUCUGCACUCGCAGCGCAGGCUGUGCAGCGACAGGCAAGGCGCGAGGCGGCAUGCGUCGGACCCCCCGAAUUCCUUUCCCGUGUGACGGUCUGUAUUGACCUGGAAAUGCCUGUGCCGGACCCUAUGCCUGAAAGCGCCCCGGACUGCUUGCUUGGUGUGCCGGUGGGGUCUAAGCUCUUGCUGUCCCGAAAGAUUAUGAAGGGGGAUUGCUUGGUUCGGGAGGUCACGUAUGGGAUUUUUCGCACACCCGAUGAGUUUGUGAAGGAGGCCAUGAAAGUAAGACACCCGUUUGAUGCUCCCUCGGCAUUGGACGAUUCCAAUAUUCAGGCAAUGGCCAAUAUCCUGUCAGCAGGGGUCGAAGCUACUAAAAUCUUUCGAAGGCAACGGAUUGAAUACUACAGGUCGAGGGCGGCGGCUCUGCAACAAGAAGAGGAGAAGCUAAAAUCGACCAUGGACCCUGAAGUUCGGAGAAUUGUGAGCAGCAAGCAUAUCACCCUCUUUGAUGAGAUGCUCAGAGAUGCUGGCAUUCAGGAUCCUUCUCUGGUUGAGGACCUCAAACAGGGUUUUCGACUGACGGGGGAGUUGAAGCCAUCAGGAUUGUUCCCGAGACAAUUCAAGCCAGCUUCUUUGUCAACUGAAGAUCUCAAAGCUACGGCGAAAUGGUCCAAGCACUUGGCUGCCAAUUCGUGCCGGCGAGCAGCUGGGGACGUUGACGUGGCGCGCAAAGUAUGGGCUGAGACCUUGGAGCAGGUCGAGAAGAAGUGGUUGAAGGGACCGAUGACCUGGGAACAGGUUGACAGAAGAUUUCGAGGAGUCUGGUUGGCCUCGAAGAGAUUCGGCGUGGUUCAAGGAGAAAAGACCCGUUCAGUAGAUGACUUGAGCGAGUUUCUCGUGAACUCUUCAGUGACCGAAACCGAAAGGGUGAUUCUGGAUGGAGUGGAUCACAUAGCCGCGACGGCACGGUUUUUCAUUGGAGCAGCCGAUUCGUGCAAAGGUACCUUUUGUCUUCCGGCCCUAGGGUCAGGUACCGUUACGGGCUAUCUGCAUGACAGCUUUCGUGCGGGGGUUCGGGGCUUUAAAGGGAGGGCUCUUGACCUUAAAGCAGCUUAUAAGCAACUUGCACGCCGCCCGGCGGAUUCUUGGGCGACGAUACUGGCUGUGUGCAAUCCUGAGGAUGACGGGGUGCAUUACUUCGAGGCGGUGGCGCUGCCGUUCGGGGGGAAGAGCUCCGUCACCGGAUUUAAUCGCAUGGCCAGAUCUUUGAAGCUGAUAAUGUCUCGCCUUAUGUGGCUAGUGAACACCAGCUAUUACGACGACUUUUGCCAGGUGGAGUGCGACGAGCUUGCUGAGUCUGCAUCCGAAACUGCCGAGCAAGUGUUGGGGCUUUUGGGAUGGGAAAUAUCCCGAGGAGAUAAGCUUAAGCCGUUUGCGAGGUCGUUUGACAUCUUGGGAGUCACCAUUUCAUUCGCCCGUGCCUCCGAAGGUUUGGUGGAGGUUUCCAACCGGGCUGGCCGCAUAGAUGAUUUGGUUGCCCUCUUGGAUGAUAUCGCAUCGCAGAAACGCUUGUGCAAGGAUAAACUCGCUUCUUUCAAAGGGAGACUCUUGUUUGCCACCAAUCAUGUGUUUGGACGAUGUGCCCAAGUUUGCACUCAGCUUAUCGGCCAGGCUUUGCGUGCUCAUGACGGUGCCAGUGUCUUUCAGGAGGUGGUGAAGGCUGCCAAAGAGGCCUUGCACAUGUUGAGACAGUCGGGGCCUCGUCAGAUCACCGCCUGGGGCGGCGAACCGCCAGUCCUGAUUUUCUCUGACGGUGCGUGCGAGGAUGAAGGCCGUUUGGUCACGCAUGGAGCGGUUAUGUUUGACUUGGCCACGGGCUGUCAAGAGUUCUUCGGCAACAGAGUGCCAGGUUGGCUGGUCACGAAGUGGAGACGGACGGGUCUCAAGCAGUUGAUUUUCUUUGCUGAAAUCCUCCCAGUUCUUGUGGCCAAGCUUACGUGGAAGCAUGUAAUCAACCGUCGCUUGUGUUUUUUCUACCUCGAUAAUGAAGCUGCCCGGUCGUGCUUGAUUAGAUCUUUCUCUCCGGUGUGUGAUGCUACCGAUUUGCUGGUAUCCGUGGCCAAAGCAGAUUUGCAAUCGCAUGCCAUGAGCUGGUACUCACGUGUACCUUCGAAGAGCAAUGUUUCAGAUGAUGCGUCCCGCUUGCAGUUCGGCCGGUACUUGCACAUGUUCCGGAAGGUGGAUCCGGUGUAUGAAGGCAUCAGGUAA